GUUUGUUACCAAGGCGUGAAGUUAUCCAGACAAGCGCUAGUGUAUUUCUUCUGGCACAAUGUCCAAGUCCAUCGAUCCUCCAGUGGAACAAAUCAACGCGUUUGGGGACCAUGGACCACUGCGCAGGAUCAUUGCUGAAGACCCAGAGUGGUCCCUUGCUCUGGUGCCUCCCUUAUCCAUACUCUGCCUGCAAAACAUCGUGACAAACUUCGAGGAAAAGCAGACCAUCGAAGAGCUGCUGCCCGCUCAUAAGGAGUACGUGCUGGGCCGGCUGCCCCCCUCCCUGCCGCUGCACGUCACCGCCAACCUGAUCUCGGACCCGGGCUACUGGCGCCGCUGCUGCGUGCAGCGCUGGAACCCCUGCGACGUGUCCCAGUAUGGCCACAGCUGGAAGCGCAUGUUCUUCGAGAAGCACCUGGAGAACCUGCUGGAGCUGUUCAUCCCGGACGUGACGCCGCCGCACUCCAUCCUGGAGCUGGUGCCCCUGUGCAGGGACUACGUCCUCAGGCUGGACGUCUCCCAGCUGCUGCCCCCGAUCAAGGAGCCCGGGAACCCCGGGAGGCAGAGGCCGCGCGAGGAGCAGCAGCAGGAGGAGGAGGGGGAGGAGGAGCAGGAGGAGGAGGAGGACGCGGCCAGCGACGUGGGUCCGUCGAUGGACCACUUUGACUUCGGCCUGCUGUUGGACCAGCUCAGCCGCCUGGAGGAGCUGCGGCUGGUUUACGGGGUCCGGGGCUGCGGCAUGAACUUUGAGUGGAACCUGUUUGAGUUCACGCUCCGCGACUGCGAGGCCCUGGCGAGAGCGCUCAAGUCCUGCCACACCUUGAAGGUCCUGAGGCUUUGCCAGAGCAAAGUGGAGGACGAGCGCUGCCGGAUCCUGGCCCUCCACCUGCUGGACCACCCGUCGCUGCUCGAGCUGGACCUCUCCCACAACCUCAUCGGCGACCGAGGGGCCCGGGCCAUCGGCAAGCUGCUGUCCAGGAGCCGCCUGGAGGGCCUCGACCUGUACGACAACGAGGUCGCGGGCCCCGGCGGGCGGGCCAUCGCCCACGCGCUGUCCCGGAGCUCCACCCUCCGAAGCCUCAACCUGCGGCUGAACCGGUUGGGGGACGAGGGCGGACGGGCCGUCGGCCAAGCUCUGCUGACCAACCGCACGCUCCGCCGGCUGCACCUGGGCGCCAACGAGAUGGGAGAGGCCAGCGCCGCCGUGCUGGCGCAGGUGCUGGUCCAGAACGACACGCUGACCAGCAUCAACCUCUCCUGCAACAGCCUGGGCGCGGAUGGAGGUAAGAUUCUGGAAGACGCGAUGUCCCAUAACAACGCUGUGACGGAGUUUGACGUCCGACUGACGGAGGUGGGCGAGGGGAGCGAGGCCUUUAUCGGCCAGAGGGUGCGAAGCAAUCAGGGCAGGGUGCAUGAGCAUCCCGCCUGAGAGAACGCCAACGGCAAGUACACUGUGUGAUUCAACACAGUAAAACCUGAACGAUGCUCACACACUCAUGGUUCCCACCGCUCUUCUGUUCACCUCUUGCGGGGGAGAAUGACGGAACGGAAUAGAGAUUGAAUCUUUGAAGAAUGCGUGUCAUUUUGUCCAAUCGUUCCUCCGAGACAAAUUGUUUUCAUAGACCCCACUAACAUGAUUGAUCGUGUGGCUGAUCAAUGUUGAGCUGAAAUCUGUCCAAAUGACCUAUCGGCAGACACGGUAGUACGCUGUACAUAGGAAGCACUUAUGUUUGGUUAUUCUUUGUAGGCCUUAGCUUGGUAAAAAAUGUAAUUCCCAAAUAUGGGAUUUUCCUAAAAUAUCCAGCUUAUCAGAGUGACUCUUGGUGGGAAGUAAAGACAACACACAUUCUCCUCUGAGAAAAGCCCUCCAUGCAUAUUUCUGUUCAUCUUUACCAUAGUUAGUCCAUUUUGAAUAAUAUGGUUUUGAUUGCUCUAUAGAUUGCUACAUUUUCCUUCGGUGCCGCCAUUGUUUUUUUUUUACUCAUCAGACUGCGGCGCUCCUUGUUCGUCGUGAACUUAAACUCCCUCCCCCUAGGACUGACUGGGUCUAUAAUAUUUAUGUUAUCCGAAACGGCUUUCAACAGGCCCAAGGCCAGACCGAUCUGCAGAGAGAACAGAAUGUGAACUCACAAGACCCUGAUGGAUUACUGCAACAAAUAUGGGCUAUUUAUGACACAUGAUGUUGGUUAACUCAAUACCAAAACAUGACACCAUAGCAAAAUCAUUUGUAUGGGGUGGUUUUAUUUUAUUUGAGUGUCCCGAUUUGAGCCAUGACCCUUGCCUGAUAUCAGAGGGAAUGUACAGUAGACAUGGUGGCAGUGUAGACAUAUGUCUCGAAAUGUAACUGACCUGCUGUAGAACAGUGACAUCCUUUACUGUGCAGCAACAAGCAAAAAGGAAGGCUUUCGAUUGUGUGUAUCGCAACAGGCAAGAUGUUUCAUGAUCAUUUUGAGGUAAGUCUGUAUCAAAAUUAAUUUACAACACAUAUAAAAUUUGUUUAAGCUACAUAAAAGCACAUAAACAAAAGAAAAACAUCCAGAUGCUAGUUUUCUAUAAUACAUAUGUGCCCUGUUAAAAAACUACACAUUUAGUUAUCACUUUUCAGACUCCAGCUUCACAAUAUAUUGAUGAUACAAACUGGUUUGAAACUUGUUUAUAAUUCGUCAUCAACAUUCAGCUUGUACACCAGGUACAAUUGUUCUAAUCGGACUUCCUUAUUACUCGUAUAAAAAAGCAGCUCCAGAGCUACAGAUCAUGCUGCUAGGUUAUGUUAUAAAGCAAGGGGGUUUUCCGCCAAAAAAUGAACUACUUAGGGGUAGCUUUGCAUGUCUGGGUCAUCUACACAUCGAAUGGUUUCACUUUGGACACCUUCAGUUGUAACAUGAACUCCACCCGAAUAUCAGCUUACAGUAAACAUUUAUGUUGGCUUGUCAUGUAACCAUAUCACUGUUGUUGCAAAAUAAUUUGUAAUUUUAAUAAAAGAGAGUGAGAGAGUUAUCGAGAGACUUGAUGUCAGAUAGUCCAGGAUCAACUGUAUAUGACGGUAGUCAGGAGAUUUUGGGGGCUGCUGUUAUUCACUAGGCUCUUAUCACAGAGGCAAGCCCGAUGAGUGAAGAGGAAAAUGCGGACAUUAAGUCCAUAGUUUCAGACUGACCUUUAACUUAAAGCCUUUUUCCUUUGUUAGGAUCAUGGGCAAUUGUGACAGGGUAACCUCGAAUGACUGCAAACCCUCUGACUGCAAGAUGAGUGAGUUAGUGCACAGCUUACCCAGGCUCCUUUUUUUAUACAUACAAGUAAUACAGGUCACUGAUUUAAAAUAAGUAGGACCCAGGGUUCGGAGAAUUAAAUGAACUGUAUAAUACACCCAAGGCAUACAUAUUUAGUUUGUUUCUUGUUUGUUACAGAUAAGGAUGUCUGGUCUGGUUUUAUUUUAUUUGGGUAAUGCUGGAGUGUCAAUCCCAGGUUCUUUGAUGGAUGACUCUCUUUGUCAGGCUCUCUCUCUCUCUCUCUCUCUCUCUCUCUCUCUCUCUCUCUCUCUCCCUCUCGCUCUAUCUCUCUCUAUCUCUCUCUCUCUCCAUCUC